AUGCCGUUGAGUUUAUCAAAACUGAAGGGUAUGCUGUGCAUCCCUGAAAGCUCUGAACAUAACUCAAAGGAUGUAGGAUCCGGGUCAGCCAAGGGGUCUCAGCCUGAUAAGACACCAGUUGUUCAGGAGCGUCCCCGUUCAAGUGACUCCAGCAGCUCCGCGUCGACAAGUGAAACCAAGAGAUCAGACCACAUCCUGGACGUGCUCAAGACCUUCAACUUGAAGAACCUCAGGACCGUCAAAGAUGUUACCUUACAACAAAUUGACGGCGAGCCUAUCAACGACAAGACAUACCUUAUGGAACGAAUCAUCCAACUAGUAGCGGAUCUUCCCAUCUCCAGCAGAACUAGCGCUACUCUUACCAACGCGUUCCUGAAUCAGCUGUGGACAGACCUGCAACAUCCGCCUCAGUCCUAUCUAGGAGCCGACUACAUCUAUCGUAAGGCAGACGGAACCAACAACAAUAUUCUAUGGCCGCAUCUCGGGGCUGCAAAGCAGCCUUACGCACGAACAGUGCGCCCGAGACUGAUGCAGCCCGUUGCCCGGCCAGAUGCUGGCGUCAUCUUUGACAGCCUUCUGGCUCGCAAGAAGUUCAGACCACACCCCAACAAGAUAUCGAGCGUACUCUUCUACGUGGCGUCGAUCAUCAUCCAUGACAUCUUCCACACCAACCACGAUGACUUUAGUAUCUCUGAUACUUCCUCCUACCUGGACUUGGCUCCCCUUUAUGGCAAUUCCGUAAAAGAACAGGAGGCUGUCCGGACCAUGGUUGAUGGAAAAUUGAAGCCCGAUUGUUUCUCGGACGUGCGGAUUCUCGGAUUUCCCCCUGGCGUCGGAGUCCUUCUGAUAAUGUUCAAUCGCUUCCACAAUCAUGUAGCAGAAAACAUUGCCCGCAUCGACGAAAAUGGCCGCUUUUCGAGGAUCCUCAAUCCACAAGGGAAGCCGAGGCCGCCCAAUGCCGAAAAGCUCUAUGAUGAAGCGUUGUUCCAGACUGCCAGGCUGAUCACUACGGGACUCUAUGUUAAUAUCAUCCUAAAGGACUAUGUCAGAACGAUUUUGAAUCUAAAUCGGGUGGACUCGUUAUGGAACCUCGACCCACGAUCUGAAGAAGGGAAUGCCAUCUUUGGCCACAAGAUUCCGGAAGCGACGGGAAAUUCUGUUUCGGCCGAAUUCAACCUUGUCUACCGGUGGCAUUCCUGUGUCUCUGAAAGGGACGAGCAGUGGACAAAGGAUGCUUACACAAAACUAUUCGGGCAUCAGUCCUCACUCUCCAUGGGCCAGUUCCUCGGGGCACUGAAUGAGUGGGCUAUGAAACUGAGCCCGGAUCCGGUCAAGCGAGAUUUUGCUGGUCUUCAGCGUCAGUCUGACGACAAGUAUUCCGACGAGGAACUGGCGGCCAUCUGGACUGCAUCUGUCUCGGACGUUGCUGGGAGCUAUGGAGCUGUUCACGUGCCUGAGAUCCUCAAGAAUGUGGAAGUGCUGGGCAUCAUCCAAAGUCGCUCCUGGAAUCUAGCGAGCCUGAACGAGUUUCGACAAUAUUUCAAGCUCGAGCCCCAUAAAAAGUUCGAAGAUAUCAAUCCCGACCCCUUCAUCGCCGAGCAGUUGCGUCGACUCUACGGUCAUCCAGACAAUGUUGAAAUAUACCCCGGCAUAGUUGUCGAGGCGGCCAAGGAGCCAAAACUCCCUGGCAGCGGCUUGUGCACAAACUUUACAACCUCACGAGCAAUUCUCUCGGACGCAGUGGCUUUGGUUCGAGGUGAUCGUUUCUACACCAUUGACUAUACACCAGCCAAUCUAACAAACUGGGGUUUCAAGCAGGCAGACUAUGACCUUGCUAUCAACAACGGCUGUGUGUUCUACAAAUUAGUGCUUACUGCAUUGCCAAACAGCUAUCGACAGAACUCUGUGUACGCACACUACCCGCUGGUCGUUCCGGAGGAGAACAAGUCCAUCUUGACCAAAUUGAAAAAAGCGGAUCUGUACAACUUCGACAAGCCAACCACCCUCCCUGACACUCAAGCAGUUAGCUCUUCCGAAGCCUGCAAGUCUGUGAUCGGUAGUACGUCUGGUUUCCGUUCAUCUUGGGAUAUGCAGCUCUUCUCCGCCCAGGGGCUUCAGCUUAAUCGGGAGAGGGGAUCAAUUGUCGCCCACAAGCUGCUCCAAACUGAAGGACUGCAGGCUGCCGCAAGCGCUUUCUACAAGGACGCCAUCAUGGCUCUGCUCGGCACCAGUGCGUAUCAGCUCGCAGGCUAUCAGCAGGUCGACGUCGUUCGGGACGUUUUCAACGUUGCUCAUGCGCAGUUCGCUGCGAAUCUUUUCCUUCUGCCACUGGGGAACAAAGGGAAGUCUCACGAGAAAUACGACGAACAAGACGUUGUUUCCCUUCUUUCCGCUAUAUACGGCUGUGCAAACGUGGAGCAACCUGCGCGUCGGUUUGCUCUCGUCAAAAAGAAACAAAAGGCGAUUCUGCAGCUUGCAGCGCGACUGCAGGAAGAAGUGGGAAAUGGCAUGAAGGGUAAUUUCAGUCUACACUCGCACUCGCCUGUACAGCUUCGAAGUCUCACGGCGCAAGUGCUUCAAGAAGUCUCGAAGAGUGGACUCUCUCCCGCCGACAUCGUGUGGUCUCAACUUCUUCCGUUGGCAGCUUGGGUUUUUGUCAAUCAGUCGCGAGUCUUUGCUGAGGUCUUCGAUCAUGUUCUCGGAAAGGGAGAUAAAAAGACGGACAUUGAAGAGCUGAAGCAGAUGUUGGAACAAGAGGGCUCGUCAUCGAGCAAAGCUCAGUCGUACUUCCGCGAAAUUUGCAGGUUAGGGCCAUCCACGCCCAUCUUCAGAGAAGCGACAUCAUCGCAAACCGUGAUCGACGGAGGCGAAAAGAUUCAGAUUUCUGCAGGGCAGCGUAUUCUCUGUGACACAGACAGGACUGCAGUGAACCGUGGCAGCCCUGGGUUGUCUGAUGCUGGUCCAGGCCAGUCCGAGGAUCCGCUCGCUCCUUUGGGCGGCGAAGUAUCUCUCGGCGCUCGACUGAGUCUUGCAACGUUGGGGUCUACCAUGUCUGUCCUCUGCGGACUUGAAAAGUUGAGCAGAGCUGUUGGGCCAACGGGUCAGCUCAGGCGACUAAACGAGGGUGGCGUGGUGAACUACUUGAAUGUGGAAGAGAGCAUGGUGCAAUCGUAUCCAGCGUCCUUGACAAUCAAAUGGGAAGGAGGCAGGGGAUAA